UGGCUCAUGUCCCACUGAUGGUGAGCGACAGAUGCUUGACUGCCAUUUCAAAGUCCACAAAACUGACAGCUGUGAAAAGUCAUGCCACCUUGCCUUUGUGGAACACAAGAUCUUUGAGUGUUUCCCUCCAAUAGCUCUCAACGCUGAGAAGCAUACCAACACCUCAGCAAAGAUGAAAUUUGAAGACCUCCUGGAGGAGGCUGGUGGCUUUGGCAGAUUCCAGAUCUUAACACUGUUUCUGCUCUGCCUUCCAAGGCUCAUCCUCCCCUUGCAUUUCUUGCUCCACAACUUCCUGGCAGCCAUCCCACCACAUCAUUGUGCCAUCCCACCUCAGGACCAAUUGGCCAAUCUCACCAAGGAAGAAGUGCUGCUGGUCAGCAUCCCAAAAGAUCCCGAGGAAGCCUUCAGCUCCUGUGAGAUGUUUGCUGAGCCUCAGUUUCACCUACUGCUUAAUUCCACUCAGCGGACGUCAGGCAAUUUCACUGCUGUCCAGAAGUGCCAACAUGGAUGGGUCUACGAUCAAUCGCAGUUCACUUCCACGGUUGCUACCCAGUGGGAUCUGGUUUGUGACCAAAGAGGGCUGAACCAAGCAACAGCUACAUUCUUCUUCAUUGGUGUAAUGCUUGGAGCUGUGACCUUUGGCUACCUCUCAGACAGGUUUGGCCGGAAGUCCAUGCUUGUGGUUUCGUAUACAUGCACUCUGAUCUUUGGGAUGAUGAGUUCUAUCUCCGUUACAUACAGCAUGCUGGCCGUCACGCGGACUCUGACAGGCAUGGCCAUCUGUGGGCUAUCUCUCAUUGUAAUGCCUCUGGGUUUAGAAUGGGUGGAUAUACAGCAUCGGACCAUAUCUGGGAUCGUAACCAGCGUCUUUUGGAGUUUUGGAAAUAUGCUUCUUGCUCUGAUCGCCUACCUAGUGCGGGACUGGCGCUGGCUGCUGCUUGCUGCCACCCUGCCUUGCGCUAUAGGAAUCCUCUCUACAUGGUGGCUCUCAGAGUCUGCCCGGUGGUUGUUGGCCAAAGGGAAGCUAAAGCAAGCCCACAAACAUUUGCAAAGGUGUGCUAAAAUGAAUGGAAGAAAGGACUUCACUGCCAGGAUAAACCCUGAGGUCUUGAGCAAGACAGCAGCCGCCGUAGCACAGAGGUCCAGUGGGAAUUAUUCCUACACCAGCCUUUUCCAAACACCAGUGCUAAGAAAGAUCACCACCUCCAUGGGGGCUGUGUGGUUUGGAGUGGCCUUUUCUUACUACGGCAUGAGCAUGAACAUCACUGGCUUUGGCCUGGGAAUGUACAUGACUCAGUUUGUUUUCGGCCUCAUUGAGAUUCCUGCCAAGCUCCUCGUGUUGGCUGUGCUGACUCGAGCCGGACGGAGACCUUGCCAAGCUUGGACCCUGAUCCUUACUGGGUUGUCUAUAGGAGCCAACAUUGUCAUUCCAAAAUCAUUAGAGACGUUGCGCUCAGUGGUUGCCAUCACAGGUAAAGGACUCUCUGAAGCUGCCUUCACCAUGGUCUUCUUGUAUACGUCAGAACUCUAUCCCACUGUCCUUAGACAGAAAGGGCAAGGAUAUUGCGCUUUCAUGGCACGUCUGGGUGGCUCCGUGGCACCACUCAUCUUCCUACUAGAUAGCAUAUGGAAGCCUCUUCCGCAAGUAACGUACAGCGCAGUGGCGGUGAUUUGUGGUUCAUCCGCUUUUUUCCUCCCUGAGACAUUAAAUGUCCAGCUGCCAGAAACUAUAGAAGAUACUGAAAAUCAAAGCUCAGAAGAGAAGAAAGAGUUGCGUGGGGAUGCAUCUGAAGCCAUGCCUCUGCAGUCAUUACAGAAGUGACUUGCUAAGCUGCUGAUGCAGCUAGCAAGCCACUGGAGGUGUGGGUGAGGGGAGGGAAAUGAGCAAUGCAGGAGGAAGGAUCAAGAGGCAUGCAGAGCCAGCUGAGUGCAGGCUCAGAUUUUAUUCCACAAUAAAGUGAACAGU